UCUGCCCCAGUACACUCCACACUGGAUAUCAUCACAUUCUGGAUAAAAUAAACAGGAGAGCGUCCUCAACAUCCAACCACCUGUCAGUCUCCCAGCCAAACCUCAUCUGACCCUGUCAUUCUGCACAGCCAGAGGAAAAAAAAAAAAAAGAAGAGGACUAAAAAGAACAAGAAGAAGUAACAGAUUACAGGACCUGGACAGGCAGAGGAGUAGAAGAAGUCCAGUGCUGACCAGUGAAGAUGAUCCUGUGGGUUGCCCUGCUUAUGUUUCGCUUUUGGUUGGGUCUGAAUGGAACUGCAGCAGAAAGCACAGGACUGGAGAGGAUAAAGAAAUGUGAAACUAGGUGUUCUCAGGGCCUAAACUGCAAGACCAAGCCAGAUUAUGUGUUUUCUCCUCCAUGUGAAAACGCUACGGAAGAUCUCAACGCGUCCUCCGUGUUCCACAACAUCAGCCUCUCCACAGUCAUGAGCUGUGAGGGGAGGCAGAAGUGCUCACUACACCUCAGAAUCAAAACUGUAUUACAGCUUACUGAAUCCAUCCAUGGUUUGUCUAUUUGCACCAUAACUGCAGGGAUGAUGAUGAACUGCCGAAUCCUCAGCUUCACAAGAUCGUCAAGAGAAAGAAUGUCGGGACUUCAGGUGGAAGUUGAGAAUGAUUGUACUGACGUUUCUCCAAACCAACAAGUGCAAGUAAUGCUGAAAACUAUUCCAAGCUACUGUGGAUUAACCUGGAGUGGCACCUAUAAUGCACCAGAAUGCGGGAGUGAAGAUUUGAGAAAACAUGUCCCAGAAUGCAUCACUGGUAGGCUGUCGUAUGAUGUAAACCCAAGAAGGAAAGAGCUGAACGUCAGCGUAUCAGACAUGCUUGAAGAUCACAACUACUACCUCCGUCUGUGCUACAAGGGUUUCAUCUGUUCUGGCACAGGGGCGAGUGCACUGAUAAAGAAGGAGGAUCCUGUGAAGAAUGCUGCCCUCCCAUACUCCCGACCUUUGCCCUGCCUCUGUAUCGAGGGUUGGUCAACUGUGACGGAUGCCCCUAGAGUCCAAGUCUGCCCAUUCAGAGACCGUCUUGAAGAACUGUGGUUUGGAGUUACCUUUGACCCACUGGAGGAGACGCUAUCAUGGGAGUCAGCCUGUCCAGUUACUGCUGUUGCCACGUUGUGUCAGAAAAGAGGGGACGGCGCCUGUGUGGAUCUGCCCCAUGCUUCCCAGAAUGUUAGCAGAGGAAAGAUAACAUUUACUGAAGUGGAUCCACACCCUCAACUGUGCGUAAAGUUUACUGCAGGCUCUCAGUCCUGGACCAGGUGCCCCUUUGUUGGGAGAUUCCAAGCAUGGGAAGUGGUUGUGACAAGACAAGAGGGUCAUGAAGAAGUGAAGAUGAUGUCAAAGAUCUCUGCAACGUUUUCUGUGGGUCUAUGUGUGAAGUCUGGAGGGCCUGCUGUGUGCCAGAUCACCAAAACAAACACAGUGCAUGUGGAAGAAAAUAAAGGUGUUGGCUUAAACCUGACAGAGGAACCAUGCAACUCUUGUGUCCAGGUGAGGAGACUCGAUGUGAAGUAUGCUGCCACAAUAAUCCACUGUCUUGAGCAAUGCAAUCAGUCACAUCCCACAACCAGUCGAAGCUCUUGGGGCCUGACUUGGGUUGUUGUACUAGCUGGUGUUUGCCUGUCUGGCAUCAUAAUUGUCACUCUGGUACUCCAUGUACUGUUAACCGAUCAAAGGAGGAAACAAAAUCGAAAUGGCGAUGAAAAGCAAAUAGAUCCUGCUCUCCACUGUGUGGUCCCUGUAUUACAAACACAUCCCCACAGAGGGAUCCUCAUACCAGGUUCGCUGCAGUGUGGGAACGCUGAGAAGGCCAACUUAAUCUCAGAAUAACUAAAGCAUCCUACCAUGGUCAAAAACAACAUUUGCAGUGUGCAGUAUAAAACUGUAAAGAUGUCACACAAACCAAAUAAGUUCUCUGUUGAAUACAGUGUAUGAUGUUGUGACAGAUAUUCCAUGUGUGUUACUGUAUAUGUGCCGGUUAGUGUGCUUGCCAUAGUUAGUGGUUGUUGUUUAAGUAUUCUGUGUGAUGUUGUCUGUUUGGGUGAAAGUUACAGUGUAUUUUGUCUUUUUUUUUUUUUAAGUUAAAAAUUUCAGCUUGCAGCUAAACCUUUCCCAUCCUAAUUUAUAUUUCUAUUUUCAGUAAUAAAAUGCAAACAAUACCACUGGUUUCUUUUCAAUCAUAAUACAAUACACGGU